AUGGGCAUAUGGGCGACUACCAUGCAAAUGGCCAGUAUGACUUUCUCUCCCAAUCGUUCUAAGCUCAACGACGACAACAAUAAGGAUCCUAGCCAGAAGUCUCCCUCGAAUACACGGGACAAAAAACAACUCUCUUCCGCGGCGAACGAGCUACAGCCCCAUCCUCCACCAGCUCUGCAUCCAAACGCCACCACGGUGAACGUUAUCGCCCGAUCUGGUCCGAUUGUGACGAGAUCAGUCUCCGCCGCAAAAAUGUCAGCUGCGAACCCUGGCGACCUCAUCGACCUUUCUACUCCGGUCCGAAAGCCGUACUCCGCGGUAGCAGCCGGUUCUCAAGCGAACCUCGGAUCUCGAGAGGGUACUUCAGGUACCGUACUAAAAAAGGUCGCGGAAGCCGCGAUUCAAAAAGAAAAGGAAGCAGUCCGUGACUUGCAAGGCCAGGUCUCGAAACUGCAGCAACGCGUCAAGGCUGCGAAUGAUAAGAUCGAGCGACUGCAGACAGAUGUCAAUCGCAACGAGAAGGAGAAGGAUGAGAUGAAGCAAGCCGGAAGAGCCGCUGUUACAAAGUUUAAUGAAGCGAGCCGCGAGAGAACCGAUCUCAGGAAACAACUCGCUGUUCAAAUCAAUCACGCCGACGACCUGUCGAAACAUGUUGACCGCAUCCAAGCGCAACAUAAACAGACAAAGAACGAUCUUGAGGCCGCUCUUGCUGCCACCGAGUCCGAAGUCAAUCGCCUCCGUCAGGAAAGGAGCGCUCAAGCUUCUCUGGCUCCGGCUAGCUCGAAGACUGAAGAGGAGUACUUCCGUGAUAUCAGUAGCCUCAAUCAGAAGGUCAAAGAUCUCGCAAACCACAUGACUCGCGACCCGGCGACCAGUGGACUCUUCGAGGGGACUCGAAAGGAGCAGCGAGUAGAUCUCCAGAGUUUCAUCCAUCGGGUCUUGUGGUGUGACGUCUUUGAUCGUCUGCUCGGUUUCCUCUCGACGGAAGAGCAGGACUUUAUGGGCACGAUCGCGCGUUUGCUGGAGCCUACUCAACGAACGCUUUGGGUUUCUAUGACAUUCUCCAGCGUAUCAAACCGCUACACGAUGUCUGAUAUGGUUCAUUGGACUACCCAAAGAAUUGUUCGCAUCUUGGGCGAUAACACAAGGAUCUUUUCCCCCUCCGCAGCGGAAAUGUUUGAAGAAAUCAUCGCUAUGGCUGUCGAGAUCCAAUUUUCCCUCGGCAAAGAAGGCAAAAACGUCCAGAUCAUUUACGCCGCCGAGAAUGCUCCCUUCGACCCUGCCGCCAUGCAGGAUGCCAACAACCGAUCCCCGGAUACUGAAGACAACCCUAUCAUCGACAUUCCUUCUGCCUCCGAUCCGGCUUCCGUUCCUCCAAACAUCCCGACCGGACCGCCCAGGGUAGUCUUCCAAUGCCUUGGAUUCGGGUUCCAAGGAUCUGCAGGUAUCGAGCAGAAAUGUUCAGUCACCCUCGCUCCCGUUGCCGUCUAA